AUGCAACUGCAGGAGGCGACCAGCUCGGGCGCGGACGCGCCGUCUGCUUGUCUGUCUGGGGCGUGCGGCGAAAAUAGUAGCUACCAGACACCACUCCCCUUCUCCUCCAUCUCCUCUCUGUUCAACGGCUCCGCGUUCUCUGCGUCUUCUUUCCCUGGCGCGCUCGUCUCCUCGCCCCUGCCAGAUAAACCCGCCGCCUUCCGUCCUGACUGCACUACCACCAUGCAUCAACAACAGCACUUCCCUUCUCAGGCUCCGCAUCCGUCGCCUCUGCAGCCGCAACCGCAGCAGGCGCCUUUCCAGAUGCUCCCGCAACAAACCUACCCUCCUCCCCUGGGGCCCGCCGCUACCGACGUCUGCGCGGCCCCUGCCGCGCCGCCUCAGGCCUCUCCCCCGCCCCCGGUCGCGGCGGCGGCGCCUUCGCGGGCCGGGCAGCGGCGCGCGGGGGAGCGCGGACGACCUGCGGCUCCGCGGAACCCGCGGCCCCAGGAAAACAUCUACAAGCGUACCUACAGCAACGUGAGUCGCAGCUGCCGGCGUAAAGGCCUAGACGCCGGCAGCGGCGGCGACGGCGCCUCGGAAACCGACGCAGCCGACGCGUGUUCGAUCUCUGGCGACGCCGGCCCCCUGGGGUCUUCGGGACCCUCGUCGCACUCCGCGUCCCUGGACCCCAGCGCGGCCGGCUCUCGAGUCGCCGGCGGCUGGCGCGGCUCCACCCCGGGCGCGGGCGGCCACGCGGCUGCGGGUCAAAGAAACACCGACUUCCCCGGAGGCUCCGCUGCGCCGGGGUCGGCGCCCGCGGAAGUGGCAGGAGCGCCCGCCGCGGGCCCAGGCUCCGAGGGCGGCGGCGCACCGGGGCAGCAGGGCCCGUUGGCCCCAGGAGACGAGGGAGCCCACGGGACGGGACCCAGUUGGAAGCCCAGACCCACGCGCAGACGCGAAGGGCUCCGCCUCAGGGCCCUGGAUGCUCAGGAGGAAUGGGUGCUUCCUCCUGAUGGAAAACUCUACGCGUACUUACUUCAGCGCGACAAGCUGGCUUACAAUCUGUGGCGCAAGGAGGUCCAGCGGGCCUCGGAGGAGACGGGUGGCGCAGCGGGCGGGGAGAUUCCGCCGCCAGGGGGGAGUGCUGGGGUGCUCGCGGCCUCGGCGAUGGGCGGGCGCCAGAGGAAGCGAAAAGAAAACACUCUGACUCUGGAGCCGCCGCGGCGUCUGCUUCGUACGCUGAGACCUGAAGACGAGUUCUCUUGGGAGGAAUCGAGCCCAGAGUCUGGCCUCGGAGACCUCGCAUCCGCCGCGGAGACGCCUGGCGCGGGGGACGCCGGUGAGGCGACCGGCGCCAAGCUGGAGUCCGACGUGGUGGACGGCGCUGGCGAAGGAGACGCCGAAGGCCGCAGCGGCAAAGAGGAGAAAGAUCAAGGUUCGCAGGCGGGUGACGCGAGUGAAGCGAACGAGCCAGGAGGCAGAGAAGGAGGCGGCGCGAAGGAAGAAGAUGAAGACGGCGGCAGAGACGACGACGGUGCCAAGUAUCAUCUGGAGCCCUACGACGCCUGUUUGGAGGAGGAGGAAGAACGCCGCUUGCCAUUGCAGAUGCCGAAUGGAGUUCAACGACGGAAAGAUGACAUGACUGUGCCAGUGGAAGAAAACCCGCACUGGGUGAUUGUCUGCCGCUUCCUCUCCUUCUUCGGCGCGACAAUAGGCAUGGAGGACUGGACUUUCGCAGCAGUCCGCGAGAUGGUUGAGGCGCGGGAACUGACAGAGUUCGGCGCGAGGUUUUUCUCUCGCAUCUCUGCUCUGUUUGGGCGACGAUACACUCCAGGCAACAACUUGGUGAGGUUCCUCUGUAAGAUGCUGGACGAGCGAGAUGGAACUGAUUUCAACGCGCUCUUUCCUCUCGAUAUCAACCCCUUCACUGUCCGCACAUGGGAGGAAGUCCGCCCCUACCAGCGGCUUCGAGUCAUGCGUCUCUUCGUUAACCGCGCGGCUGGCGAGUCCACGGCGAUUCAGCACUUCGUCGAGGGGCUGCGCAACGAGAAGCUCGAGGAGCUGCGGGAUGGGAGCUUCUACGUCGACGCAGAGGGCUACGUCUUCUGGUUCGUCCGCGAGCCUCAGUUGACGGGGUUCCGAUUCUACAAGGAAGACCAACGCGAGGGAACGUACGAGCUCCUCGCGUCCACCGAGCAGCAGCUGCAGGAAGUGAUUGAAGGCCUGCGGAGUCAACUGACGCUGGACACUGAGCUCAUCGGCCUUCUUUUGCAGCAGGCGCAAGAAAUCCGCGUAGCUGCCGCGACGCAGUUGCUGCGCGAGCAACAGGAGCGCCAGCAGCAACAGCGGCAGCAAGCUCUGCAGCUGCGUAUGCAGGCGGCGACAGCUGCGGGCCUGGAUACCUCCGGGGCGGGACUGGCGGUCUCGACGGCCCCCGGGGCCCCGGGCGCAGGUUCAUCAGACGCCUCGCCUCCCUUCCACGAUGCCUUCAACGCUGCGGCGGAGGGGCUGGGCGGCGAGCCGACCACGAUAGAAUAUCGUAUCAUGAUGAAGAAUCGUCUGCGCGGCCCACGAGAGCGAGGCACUCGCCUGCAGGCGCGAACGCAACGCAUCGAAAUGCAACAGCUGGAAGCCUGCAGUUCGUCGUCGAUGGAGAGUUUCCCCGCGCUGGACGCUUCCGCGUCGUCUCCGGCACCGCCCUCGAAUUCUUUGUUUUUGUCGCCCUUUUCUUCCUCUCUGUACCCCGCCUCGUCGUCUUCCUCUUCUGCGUCGGGCUCUUCGCACAGCACUCCGCACCCGUCUUUCUCCUCUUCGCCAGCGCCGGCCGCGUUCGCCGCGUCGCCGUCGCCGCCAUUCUUCCAGGCCGCGGGGACUGGCGGCGGCGCGCCGCUCGCCGCGUCUCCAGCGGGCUUCCCUUUUUUGCCGGCACCCGCGCCGUCGCCGUUCGCCGUCUCCUCGUCUUCAUCUGCUCAUCCGCCCUACUCGCUCUCGGCGUCUCUCGCCUCAGCGGCGUCGGCCGCAGCCUCCUCGGGCGGAGGGACGCCGGCGGCCGCGGCGGCUGCGGCUGCGGCUCUGGCCGCGGGCGCAGCGGCGGCGGGCGGCAGCGGCGGAGGGACUGCGGCGCCGAUCCUGCCCCACUGUCCUCUUUUGAUUUCAACCUCCUCCCUGCAGCACGCCCUCUCGCCGUAUCUCGUGCUGUCGAGCCACGAGAAGAACUCCGAGGGGACGGGCGCGUCAUCGUCGGGCGACAAGAAGGCGAAGAGCGGCGCAAAGAAGGGCGCAGCCUACGCCCUGCCCCCUCUCUGGGGCGUCAAAGGCGGCCAGCACUUGGGCGCCUCGCAGCUCAUGGCGGGCAACGCCGUCUACGCCGCGCUCCAUCUCGCGCUCAUGACCUACCCGGUCGCCGUCGCGGCGCAGAAGCCGCCCGCCGGAGACGAGGAGACAGAGGGCGACGCCGCGCAGGCGGCGGGCGCCGCCAGCGGAAGCGAAGAAGCGACCGCGCCCGACGUCGAGCGGGCGGGAGCGGGGGGCGAGGAGGAGCGUGAGAAGCGCGAGGCCGAGCGGCCGGCGGCGGCGGAGAGGCAGCGCGGCGGAGGGAAUCUGCAGAACGGCGAGUCGAUUCGCUUCGCAGUCCAAGAUCACCUGCUGAAAAACAUCAGCGACGACGUCGAACUCCUCGAGGACCUCCGCGAAGCUGCAGAGAAAGAAGAGUCCGAGGAAGCGAGGAAGGAGUGCGCGGACGAGGCCGCGGCGCGCGGAAAAGACGGCAAGGAACAAGUGAAGGUCAAGGAUGAAGAGAAGAGCGCCGACGCGGAGAAAAAGGACCAGUCAGGCGCGGCUGGCGACAAGAGUGCAACGAGCGUUGACGGAGAGGGCGACCCCAAGAAAGACGAAGAGAAGAGGAAGUUGGAGGCGGACGGCGCGAAGAAGGCCGCGUCCGCGUGCACCCAAGCUCUUGCUCCGAAAGGCCUCAAGAAAAAGAAGGGAGGCUUCCCCGCAGGAGGACCGCUGCCUGCGCUCGGACAGUCUGUGCUAACUGCUGCAGAUGUGCUGGCUUUCUUCCACACGCUCUGCUGGGCUGGUCGGCGCGCGGCCGAGCAGCCGGGGGAGGGCGAGGAGAAGCCCAAGGCGGAAGUGAAGGCAGCAACCCCAGCAGAGGCGACGGCCGCGCUGGCGGCGAAAGAGGCAGGCGACUCCGGCGCGGCACCCUCUGGAGGAGAAGACAUGUCGAAGGCCGAGAAGGAGGAGGUCUCACCGGCAUCGGCCGUCGCCCCGGAGAAGAAAGAAGUGACCGAGAAAUCUUCUGCGAAGCAGAUCGCCGCGCAGAUCGCGGCGGCGCGGGAGUACGUGCCGCCGGGCCUCGUGACGACAGCUUCCACGGCGGCGAGUCUCUUGGAGAAAAACGAAAUUCGCCUGGCAACGGCGAGUUCGCCCGGCAAGUCCGAGGCGUCGGCCGCGUCCUCGCUCGCGCCUCUUCCGUCCUCCAUGAUGCAGUCUGCACCCGGCGCGGCUCCGCCGUUCUCGGCGCAGCAGACCGCGGCGCAGCGGGGAGCAGGGGCCGUGGGAAGCCACGCACACCUGCAGUCUUUCUCCGGCGGGGCGGCAGUAGCGUUUUCGGGCGGGGUCGCGCCUCCGGCUUCGCCUGCCUUUCCCGGCAUGCAGCAGGCCCAGCAGGGGCGCGUGAAUCUCUUCAUGCCCUCAGUGUCGCUCUCGCAGCCCGCGGCAUCGCCCGCGGGGCUUCCUAACGUGCCCCUCAUGGCGCAGCAGCACCGACCGCCGCACGCGCAUAUGCUGGGACAAAAUCAGCAUCCGGGGAGCAUGCCUGCCCAGGGCGCGCUUCAGCAGCCCGGCUUUUUCGCCGGAAACGCCGCGACCGCUUCGUUGCCUCCGACUGCGCCGCACGCGACCAUGUCGGGAGGCCUACCAGGCGUCGCCUCGCCGUCCGCGCAGGGGGCGGGCCCCUGGGCUGGGGCGGCGAGGGACAGGCGCCGGGCGCCGCCGUCGGGGGCCAUGAGGCGGAUCGAAGGCGGGACGGAGACAGCGGCGGCGUGGGCGUCGACCCGCAGCAAGCCUUUCACCAGCAGCAGCUCCUUCUGCGGCAACAGCAGCAACUGCUCAACCAGCAGCAGCAGCGCAUGCAGAUGA